AGGCAACAGCUGCCCGGUUUCAAGAUGAAGGAGACGUGCGUCAGCACCAUCCUGCAGAACAGAGUGACUAUCAUCAGCGGGGACACGGGCUGCGGCAAGACGACGCAAGUGCCGCAGGCGGUGUUCGAUCACUAUGUGAGCAUGGGGAUGGGUGGAACCUGUCACUGUGUGGUGACCCAGCCACGUCGAGUCUCGGCCAUGUCAGUUGCAGAGCGAGUGGCAGCAGAGCGAGUGGAAAUCCUUGGGACGACCGUCGGCUACCAGAUCCGACAGGAGUCCGUGCUCCCGCGGUCCUGCGGCAGCCUGCUCUUCUGCACGACCGGCGUGCUGAUCCGGCGCCUGACCAAGUUCAUCCGGACUGGCGCCCAGGAGAUCCCCAACAUCUCGAUCAUCUUCGUGGACGAGGUGCACGAGAGGGACGUGAACAGCGACUUCCUGCUCAUCAUGCUCAAGAAGAUCCUGCAGCACAACUCCUCCAUCCGCAUCGUCCUCAUGUCCGCCACCAUCAACGCGGAGAAGUUCAGCCAGUUCUUCGACUCCUGCCCCAUCGUCACCAUCCCCGGGAGGACCUUCGACGUGACCGAGCAGUUCCUUGAAGACUACGUCACCAUCAUCGCCCGCCCAGUCGCCUCCUCCUCCUCCUCCUUCGGCAACAAGCUCAUGCGCAGCGACUCGUGGAGGAGGGAGAAGCUAGAGAGGAACAGGACACGAGCAAGGUCCACGUUCGAGUAUAGCGAGGCGGUACGGCAGCUGCGGCACAAGGGGCUGGAUGAGGACGAGCUUGCUGCGGUAGCCUCGAUGUCGGACGUGAACUUCAUCGACUACGACAUGCUCACCGAACUCAUCCUGCACAUUGACCAGGACCCCCGCAGGGGAUCGAUCCUCUGCUUCCUUCCCGGCUGGGAGGAGAUUCUUUCCGCGCACGAGAUGCUCCUGUCGCAUCCCUUCGUCGUCAGGAACCCUCGCUUCGUCGUCCUCAGGCUGCACUCCAACAUCUCCCCGCAGGAGCAGCAGGAAGUCUUCCGGCCUGUCGCCGACGACAAGAGGAAGAUAGUGUUGUCGACCAACAUCGCUGAGACCUCCAUCACCCUCGACGACUGCGUCUUCGUCAUCGACUCCGGCAGGGCCAAGCGGAUGACCUACGAUCCGCACACUCAAAUCUCCUCGCUCGGAGUCACCUGGGCCUCCAAGGCCAACGUGAAGCAGAGGAAGGGUCGAGCUGGGCGCGUGUGCGAGGGCGUAUGCUACCGUCUCUUCACUCGCAGCCAGUUCGCGGGGAUGCAGGAUGAGAUGGACCCGGACAUGACGGUCGUUCCUCUCGACCAGAUCUGCCUGAGCACACUUGCUCUCCAGAUCGGAAACUGCCAGGAGGUUCUGUCCCAGGCUCUGGAUCCUCCUCCCCUGUCGCAGAUCGAAGUUGCGCUCAAGUCGCUCCGAGGGCUCGGGGCGACCGACGAGCAGCAGAAACUUCUUCCCCUGGGCCAGAAGCUCUGCCAGAUGCACAUGGAGCCGAGGCUUGCAAAGAUGCUUCUCUUUUCUACCGUGUUCCGCUGCCUGAGGCCGAUGCUGGCGGUCGUGUGUGGGAGGGAAUUCAAAGAUCCCUUCAUCUCCGACCCCAGGACGGAGGAGGCGAGGCUGAGAGUAGCGGGAAGGUGCUGCAGCGAUCAGCUGCUGACGGCGGAGAUCUUGAACUUGUUCGAGUCCGCGAGCGACAGGAGCAGCGCCGAGGCCUACGACUUCUGCAACAGGAACUUGCUGAGCUACAAUCUGCUGAACCAGAUGAAGGGCUUCCAGACUAAGGUCUUGGACAUGGUCUGUAAGAGGGGCUACAGGCCUCCCCUCCAGCCCUUCCUCAUGGACUCGAGCACGUGGGAUCGGCAUGGCGAGCUGGUCAGAGCCGUGAUCUGCUCCGGGCUCCUGCCCAACGUCGCGAGG